AUGUCUGCAGGUGGUGAGCAUCUGAAGGAUGAGGGCAACCGAACUCAGGUGGUGGUCGCCGGUGCCAUUGCAGGGCUCGUUUCGAGGUUCUGCAUCGCACCGCUAGACGUCGUGAAGAUACGACUACAACUUCAGGUCCAUUCCCUCUCCGAUCCUCUAUCGCACCGUGAUGUCAAAGGGCCGAUAUACAAAGGAACAAUUUCCACUCUCGUCGCUAUUGCGCGGCAAGAGGGCAUAACGGGCCUCUGGAAAGGAAACAUCCCCGCUGAAAUCCUCUACAUAUGCUACGGCGGAAUUCAAUUUACGGCAUACCGCAGCGUAACCCAGCUACUACACCUCCUUCCACCACAGCACCGAGCCCCAGCUCCCGUCGAGUCAUUCAUAAGCGGCGCCACAGCAGGUGGAGUAGCAACGGCUUCAACGUACCCGUUUGACCUAUUACGCACCCGUUUCGCAGCCCAGGGGAACGACAAGGUAUACCAUUCCCUCGCCUCUUCGAUACGAGAUAUAUACCGCCAUGAAGGACCCAGUGGGUUUUUCCGUGGUAUCAGUGCCGCUGUUGCACAGGUCGUUCCUUAUAUGGGUCUAUUUUUUGCCGCGUACGAAUCGCUUCGACAACCGAUAAGUUACGUUGAUUUACCUUUUGGGUCUGGAGAUGCUACGGCCGGUAUUAUUGCGAGCGUGAUGGCGAAGACGGGUGUAUUUCCGUUAGAUCUUGUUCGGAAGAGGUUGCAGGUUCAAGGGCCUACGCGGUCGAGGUAUGUGCAUAUGAAUAUACCUGAAUAUCACGGCGUAGUGAGCACUAUCCAGACUAUUGUACGGACGCAGGGCAUCAGAGGGCUGUAUAGGGGUUUGACGGUGAGUUUGAUAAAGGCUGCGCCGACAAGUGCGGUGACUAUGUGGACAUAUGAGAGGGUGAUGGCAGUCUUGAAGGAGCUGGAUUCCGACCGGGACUGA